CUGCAGCCUCCGGCACCACCGGUCUCCUGCACUGCCAGUCGGCCAGAGAGAAGCAGCUGCACCGCGGAGAGAAGUCCUUCAUCCGGCCUUAAAAACACACUUCUACCGCUGUCUGAGGCAAAUCUAAAGCGAGUCUAGACGAAUUAGUCAUGUCAGCCAAAGCCAUCUCCGAGCAGACAGGAAAAGAGUUCCUGUACAAGUACAUCUGCACAUCGGCAGCUGUCCAGAACAGAUUCCGUUAUGCCCAAGUGACGCCUGAGACCGACUUUGCCCGACUGGUGCAGGACCACCCAUGGCUGCUCACAGAGAGGCUGGUGGUGAAGCCGGACCAGCUGAUCAAGAGACGAGGAAAGCUGGGCCUGGUCGGCGUCAACCUGGACCUGAAUGGUGUCAGAGAGUGGCUGAAGUCCCGCCUAAUGAUGGAGACAACCGUUGGAAAAGCCAAGGGAAUUCUCAAGAACUUCCUCAUCGAGCCAUUUGUCGCACACAAGCAGGAGGAGGAGUUCUACGUGUGCAUCUACGCCACCAGAGAGGGCGACUACGUCCUGUUUCACCACGAGGGAGGGGUGGAUGUAGGAGACGUUGACGCCAAGGCAAGGAAGCUGCUAAUUGGUGUGGAUGAAAAGAUCAGCGAAGACUCUGUGACGAAAGAGCUGCUGACCCACGUACCGAACGACAAGAGAAAGGUCCUGGCCAGUUUCAUCGUUGGACUCUUCAACCUGUAUGAAGACCUGUUCUUCACAUACCUAGAGAUCAACCCAUUGGUGCUCACAAAAGAUGGUGUGUACGUGCUGGACAUGGCGGCCAAGAUUGAUGCCACAGCAGAUUACAUCUGCAAGGCCAAAUGGGGCGAUGUGGAGUUCCCUCCACCUUUCGGCAGGGAGGCCUAUCCUGAGGAGGCCUACAUCGCUGACCUGGAUGCCAAGAGCGGUGCCAGCCUUAAACUCACCCUGCUCAACCCCCGAGGCAGAAUCUGGACCAUGGUGGCAGGAGGAGGUGCCUCAGUCGUGUACAGUGACACAAUCUGUGACCUGGGUGGCGUCGACGAGCUGGCCAAUUAUGGAGAGUAUUCAGGAGCACCCAGCGAACAGCAGACCUACGACUACGCCAAAACCAUCCUGUCGCUGAUGACCAGAGAGAAGCACCCUGAUGGAAAGGUUUUAAUCAUUGGAGGAAGCAUUGCAAACUUCACAAAUGUUGCAGCAACAUUUAAGGGGAUUGUCAGAGCCAUCAGGGACUACCAGGUGCCUCUAAAGGAGCAUGAGGUCACCAUUUUUGUCCGUCGUGGAGGCCCCAACUACCAGGAAGGUCUCAGAGUGAUGGGAGAAGUUGGCAAGACCACUGGAAUCCCCAUUCAUGUCUUUGGCACAGAAACCCACAUGACAGCCAUUGUUGGCAUGGCACUGGGCCACAGGCCAAUCCCCAACCAGCCUCCUGUUGCAGCCCACACUGCCAACUUCCUGCUCAACUCCAGCGGCAGCACAUCGACUCCAGCAUCCAGCAGAACCGCAUCUUUCUCGGAAAACAGAAAUGGUGUAGAGAGCUCGCCAGCCAAGAAGGCCAAAAGCGGAGCUCCCAAUGCCAAGGCAACGACCCUCUUCAGCAAACACACCAAGUCCAUAGUGUGGGGUAUGCAGACUCGGGCAGUGCAAGGCAUGCUGGACUUUGAUUACGUCUGCUCCAGAAAUGAGCCGUCUGUAGCAGCUAUGGUCUACCCAUUCACUGGAGACCACAAGCAGAAGUUCUAUUGGGGCCAUAAAGAGAUCCUCAUCCCUGUGUAUAAGAACAUGGGAGACGCCAUGAAGAAGCACCCAGAUGUGGACGUGCUCAUCAGCUUUGCAUCUCUGCGUUCUGCCUUUGACAGCACCAUGGAGACCAUGCAGUACCCACAGAUUCACACCAUUGCCAUCAUUGCUGAGGGCAUCCCCGAAGCUCAUACCAGGAAGAUCAUCAAGGCAGCAGAUGAGAAGGGCGUCACAAUCAUCGGACCAGCAACUGUUGGGGGAAUCAAGCCUGGCUGUUUCAAAAUCGGUAACACAGGGGGCAUGCUGGAUAACAUCCUUGCCUCCAAACUCUAUCGUCCAGGCAGCGUGGCCUAUGUGUCUCGCUCGGGCGGCAUGUCCAACGAACUCAACAACAUCAUCUCCCGUACCACUGACGGCGUUUUUGAAGGAGUGGCUAUCGGCGGCGACAGAUACCCAGGAUCUGUGUUUACUGACCAUGUGCUUCGCUACCAAGACACUCCUGGAGUAAAAAUGAUUGUUGUCCUGGGAGAGAUCGGAGGCACAGAGGAGUACAAGAUCUGCCAGGCUAUUAAACAGGGCAGGAUCACAAAGCCAGUGGUCUGCUGGUGUAUUGGCACCUGUGCCACCAUGUUCUCCUCAGAGGUUCAGUUCGGCCAUGCAGGAGCCUGUGCCAACCAGGCCUCUGAGACGGCAGUGGCUAAGAACAACGCUCUGAAAGAAGCUGGUGCCUUCGUCCCGAAAGGCUUUGAUGAGCUGGGCGAGAUAAUCAAAUCUGUUUAUGACGACCUUGUUGCCAAAGGAGUUAUCCUGCCAGCUGAAGAGAUGCCUCCUCCCACUGUGCCAAUGGAUUACUCCUGGGCACGAGAGCUCGGUCUUAUCCGUAAGCCCGCCUCCUUCAUGACCAGCAUCUGUGACGAGAGAGGUCAGGAGCUUAUCUACGCGGGCAUGCCCAUCACUGAGGUCUUCAAGGCAGAAAUAGGCCUGGGAGGAACUCUGGGUCUGCUGUGGUUCCAGAGGAGGUUGCCGAGGUACGCCUGCCAGUUCAUUGAGAUGUGCCUGAUGGUGACUGCAGAUCACGGCCCGGCUGUUUCUGGUGCCCACAAUACUAUUGUCUGUGCGCGAGCUGGCAAAGAUCUCAUCUCCAGCCUUACCUCUGGGCUCCUCACCAUCGGUGACCGCUUCGGAGGCGCUCUGGACGCUGCAGCAAAGCAGUUCAGCAAGGCUUUUGACAGCGGCAUGCUGCCGAUGGAGUUCGUCAACAAGAUGAAAAAGGACGGAAAGCUGAUCAUGGGCAUUGGACACAGAGUCAAGUCGAUUAACAAUCCAGACAUGAGAGUCCAGAUCUUGAAGGACUUUGUGAAGCAGCACUUCCCCUCCACCCAGCUGCUGGACUACGCUCUAGAUGUAGAGAAGAUCACCACAUCCAAGAAACCCAACCUGAUCUUGAAUGUGGACGGCUUCAUCGGUGUGGCCUUUGUGGACUUGCUCAGGACAUGUGGUGGUUUUACAAGAGAUGAAGCUGAUGAGUUUGUGGAGAUUGGCGCUCUGAACGGCAUCUUUGUCCUGGGACGCAGCAUGGGAUUCAUUGGACACUACCUGGACCAGAAGAGGCUGAGGCAGGGUCUGUACCGCCACCCCUGGGACGACAUCUCCUAUGUGCUCCCUGAACACAUGUCCAUGUAACUGGAGGGAACAAAUCCAGCUUCCUGUCCGCAGUGUCUCCUAACCCCAGCUAAUUAAUCCUACCCAUGCUGUGAUCCAUCAUCAGUGGCGUAACAUAGGGAAUACAUUCCUAAUAAUGUAGUUGUAUAAAAACAGGUACUGAAAAUAAGAAUUUUAUGUUUUUUGUUUUGUAAACCAGUUUGUGCUGCAGUUCUGUGAACACCCGUAAAAGCCGCUGAACUGUGAAGCUCCAGUCAAACAGAGUCGGGGUUUCUGACUUUGUGUUUGGGGGAAUUGAUGAUGAAUCAGGGGACGGAGGUACAGUGGAUUAUUUAAGUGUUGACCACCACCACUUGCUCACUGAACAACACUGAAGUACUGAUAUUUAGCCCUGAAUAUAAUAUUGUUGUAUUAACCCAGCAUGUGUGUCUGAACCUCUGUGCAGCUCUAUUGAUUGUGCCAUUUAAAAACCAUGAGCUUGCUACAGAGGAUGAACAUGUAGUGCAAUAAUGCCUUUAAAUAUAAGAGUACACUGUAGAUCAGAGCUUUAUUUAUAUAGAGAUUCAUCCACAACUAACAGGUACAGGAGUGUUUCAGUUUUGACUGUCUUGUUUAUUGAGCAGUCUGCUUAUUGUGGAGAACAAUUUUAGGAAUCAGGUCUGGCAGGUGGCAGUCUCUCUCUCAGCUGGUGCAAAUGUUGGAGUAUUUUCUACAAGGUCUCAAUGGAACUCGAGAGUUGUUAAUCAUAAGAGCGAAAAAUAAAUAUGUAAGUUAUUUUCACAGCAAGUUUAAUAAUUAGGGCAUUUUGACAGAUUCCACAAUGAUCCCAUUAAUUAGGUUAUUUUAGUUUUUGUAUUUAUUAGAUUUGCUCUGUGUUAAUAAUGUACUUGUUCCAUUACAAAGUUAAUGCCAUUAUUAUAUUUUUGUGUCAGCAAUAUUCGACAGCAGUUAAUUCUAGUUAAAUACUAAUAUAUAUUUUAUAUUUUCAUGAUUAAUUUGGUAGAUUAAUUCAAUUUCAAUUAAUUAAUUAAUCCAUCCUGUUGUUUAAUUUUUGUGAAAGAGAAAGAUUUUUAAGGUUAUUUCAUGCCCAGUAUUAAGUAUUGCCCAAUCUAUUAUCUUGACUUGAAAUAAAUGAAUAUGACAAAAACAAAAGUGUCACCUUUAGAUCAUUUUUCCCACUUUCCACAUCGCUGUUUCUGUUUCCAGUUUCUUGGACAAGAUCAAAAGAAAAUAUGUGGCAGCCAUCACCAGUGUCAUCUUUUAUGUGAAUGUUACAAAAUUGUAGAAAGGUUCUGCAGACAACCAGAAACCUCAGCUGUGUUGUCAGUGUUUGUUUGUUUCCAACUGUUUCAUUGUGAACUCUGUGCCUCGGUACUUACCUGUCGUAUGUUGACAACUGUGUAAUUGAGUAAAAUAAAAUGUAACUGAUGUUAUGUAAUAAAACAGUAUAAUU